CGUUCUCUCUCUAACAUCAUCUCUCUUAUCAAGUACAACUCUCCUGAAAAUUAAACCCAAACAAAUAGAAGUAUUUCCUCAAAACCAUAGAAAAACCAAAACAAACAAACAGAAUCAACAGAAAAUCACUCAUACAAUAAAUACUUAAAUAUAUUUAUAUAUCCAUGGAUACUACCCACUCACCGGGAUCCGGUGGGUCCCAAAAUCCAUCUGAGCAGCAACUGCAACAUCCUACACAUCCGCAACUUCCACCAGGCUUUCGAUUUCACCCUACUGAUGAAGAGCUGGUGGUUCAUUACUUAAAGAGAAAAGUCCAAUCUGCCCCUCUUCCUGUCUCCAUCAUCGCCGAGGUCGACCUUUACAAAUUCGAUCCUUGGGAACUUCCUGCUAAGGCAGUGUUUGGAGAGCAAGAGUGGUAUUUCUUCAGUCCAAGGGAUAGAAAAUACCCAAACGGAGCACGCCCAAACAGAGCAGCAACAUCUGGAUAUUGGAAAGCAACAGGAACAGAUAAACCUGUUUUAAGCACUGGAUCAAAUCAAAAAGUGGGUGUUAAAAAGGCACUUGUUUUUUAUGGUGGAAAACCUCCAAGGGGUAUCAAAACUAAUUGGAUUAUGCAUGAAUAUCGUUUGCUUGAUCAUAAUAAAUCUCAUAAUAAACCCCCUGGUUAUGAUCAUCCCAACCGAAAAGGAUCAUUACGGCUGGAUGAUUGGGUAUUGUGUCGAAUUUACAAGAAAAACAACACAAGUAGACCAAUGGAUCACGAGCGAGAAGAUUCGAUGGACGACAUGAUGAUGAUGGGACCCAUGAUACCAAGUUCAACAAACGACAUAGUACAUCAUGAUGCAUCAUCCUUAAACUACGGUUCUAUCCUCGACAACACUCAUGUCCAUCAAAAUAAUAUAUUCGAUACCAUGAUGGGUAGUGGGCACCUGAUGGAUCCUCGAUUAUCAUCACCACCAUCUCCACUUCCGUUAAAGCGGUCAUUACCAUCCCUUUACUGGGGUGUCAAUAACGAUGGUGGUGGUGGUGGCGGUGGUGAUUGUAUCGACAGUCCGAGUAAGAGAUUGUCGAUACUACAAAUGAGCAUCAAUGAUAAUGGUAAUAUUAAUGAAGAAAGUGAAGCAAGGAGUGAUCAUCAAGGGAUUAAUCUUCUAAACCAACAACCAUCAAUGUUAGGGAGUCUAUCAUCAUAUCCUCUUCAUGGAUUAAAUUGGUAUAAUUCGUAAUUAACUUGAGAUUCCAAUUUAAUUUUAUCAUUAAUACUUACAUCAUAUGUCAUAAAAACCGAUAGUAAAUAGGUAGAUGCUAGAUAUAGUAAAUGCUAGAUAUAGCUAGUCGUAUACAUAUACCUUCUCCGUUUUAUUAUACUUACAAUUAAUAGUGAUAUUUCUCCCCUGAAUAUGUCAGUGUUAGUUGUAAGUAUUUUUAAAUGGAGGUAAUAUAUAUACAAAGAGAAAGCAUAGUAUAUAUUUUUAUACAUAGUUUGAUUGAUUAGGGUUGUAGGUAUUGAUUAAUUUUAUAUUUGGGUUGUUGAAGAGAGGAGAGGUAGGAGGGUUUAUGUUUAAUUAAUGGGUUUUAUUAAUUACUGUUAAGCAAUAAUUGCAUGAUUAAUAUAUAGUUGAUGAUGCAUAAUCAACCUCCGCUCAUUCAACAAAAGCAAAGAAAAAUAAUAUAUAUUUUUCAUUAUGGUAAAUAAUAAUUGUAUAAAAUUUAUAUUAAGUUUGAGGGAAAUAGGGAAAAUGGAGUUUUAUUUCAAUUGAAGAGGACAAACCACUUUUUAAAAAAAUAAUAAAUCAAAAUUAAUAAAAGAAAACUUGUUUGGAUAUAGUAAUUGUCAAUAGGUUUAAGAUUUUUCUUAGACCUGAUCGUGUACAUAUUAAGCUUGUAUCUUUAUAGAAUUAUUAUUUCUCUUGCCUAUUGAAAGUCAUACAUUAAUAAAUAAAUAUAUAUAUAUAUAUAUAUAUAUCUUUUUUCUGUACCAUGUGGAUUUAUUAUUAUUAUUAUUAUUAUUAUUAUUAUUAUUAUUAUUAUUAUUAUGUCUUGUGUAUGGGUUUGUAUUAUCAUUAACAUUGACGUGUAUGGGUUGCUUUUAUGCGCAAUUUUUACUUAAAACAGUAUUGGAUGAUAUGGUCUUAUCAUUUAGCACAAACACAAUACUCUUUGGUUAAUAAAUUUUAAUUAACUAGCUUCUGAUUUUAGUCAAUUUCACUACAAAAAGACGCAUAUUUAGCGACAACACUUAGUAGUAUCAGUCGACGAAAAAUAACAUGAGGCGACGACCUAGCAAACACAUGCGGGACAUCUCUAUUUUCUUCAACACUAAAAAAACUUUCUCAUCGCGACCGCCUCCUCCCGUCACCCCCAUCGUCUCCAUUCACCAUUUAUCACUAGCGACUGAACCUUCCUCAUCUGCCCGUAACAAAUCUUGGCGCUUGUCCCAUGGUAUUAGUAUUAUUGUCCUCAACUAUUAAGAAUAUAAUGCAUACAUUUUAUUUUAAUUAAAUACAUGAAUUCUGUUUACAAUAAAUAUUAAUAUUAUUCAUGAUAAUAUAUAUUUAUUAAUUUAUUAUUAAAUAAUUUAAUUUAUUUUAUUAAUAUUUAUAUCUUUUAAAUUUUAAUGUUUUUAUUAAAUCAACUAACAAUUAAAAUACAAUAUUAAAUAAUUUUUAUACAAGAUAAUGCAUGCAAAUUGAAAUGCAAUUUUGUUUCUUCUAUUUUUGUAUUAAUAUUUUCAAUAAAUUUUUAUUCAAUAAGAGAUGAAGAUAAGUCAUGAGAAAUCCAAAAUGAGGAUGAGUUUUAAAAAUCUGAAAUAAGAAUAAAUCUUGAGAGAUAUAAAAUGAGACGGACAGGCUACGACCUGACAAAGAACCAAAUAGGCAAUGACCGGUAUAUGUUGACGGCAACU